CUCACCCUUGACCCAGGAUUGUCAGCGGUCGACGAUCCCUUGCUCAUCAUCCUCCUCUUUGGAACCCAAUGGCGACAUGGAAAAAUUGCCCCCAGUAAGAGACAGGUCCGGGGUCAAACGGCUGAAGAUGCCAUGCGCCAGGUGGGCCAGGCCUUUUCCUCAUUGGGACUGCUCGAUCCAAGGAUGAACCAAUAUGCACCAGGAACAAUGGACUUUUGUUGGACACGGCUGCUGAAAAGUUGGAAGAAAGAGGAUCCAGCAGCACAACGAGUACGCCCAUUGCCAAAGUCCUUGUUAAGGCAAGCAUCAAAGCUUGCCAAAAAACCCACAAGUACGCAUGCCGCAAAGGCAAUCCAUUGA